CUCCUCCUGGGCGGCUUCCGGCUGGAAAGGAAAGCGGCCCUCCGCGCAGGCCGGAAACCCCACGGCCGAGGCGACUUCCGGCCGGCCCCGGAAGAGGCGUGGCGAGCCCCCCUCCCCGCCAGGCCUACGGGUGCCGCCAUGGCCAUCUUCAGCGUCUUCGUGGUGAACAAGGCCGGCGGGCUCGUCUACCAGCUGGACCACUACGCGCCGCGGGCCGAGGCCGAGAAGACCUUCAGCUUCCCGCUGGACCUGGUGCUGCGCGCGCACGACGAGCGCGUGCUCGUGGCCUUCGGGCAGCGCGACGGCAUCCGCGUGGGCCACGCCGUCCUGGCCAUCAACGGCGCCGACGUGAACGGCCGCCUGACCGCCGACGGGAAGGACGUGCAGGAGUUCCUGGGCAACGCGGCCAACUACCCGGUGGCCAUCCGCUUCGGCCGCGCGCGGCUCUCCUCCAACGAGAAGCUGAUGCUGGCCUCCAUGUUCCACUCGCUCUUCGCCAUCGGGUCGCAGCUCUCCCCCGAGCAGGGCAGCUCCGGCAUCGAGGUGCUGGAGACGGACACCUUCAAGCUGCACUGCUUCCAGACGCUGACAGGGAUGAAGUUCGUGGUGCUGGCCGACCCGCGGCAGUCCGGCAUCGAGGCCCUCCUGCGCAAGAUCUACGAGAUCUACUCGGACUUCGCCCUGAAAAACCCCUUCUACUCUCUGGAGAUGCCCAUCAGAUGUGAGCUCUUUGAUCAAAACUUGAAACUUGCCCUGGAGGUGGCAGAGAAGGCCGGCCCUUUGUCCCAGGGUUAUAGGAUGAAGUUCUUCCACCUCAGUUGCCCAACGGACUGUUUGGAUCUUGGGACCCGAAAGGCUUCACAGCAAUUCCAGAGCUGGCCCUCUACCCGGCCUUGUUUGGACCACCUCUGCUGCUGGAGGUUAGAAGGAAACCUUGUGGGCUACAUGCAUGUGUUUAUUUAUGCUUGGCACUUCGUUUAUUGCAUGCGGAAAUAAAAUAUUCUUAAAGAAGACUUUAA